AUGAGCUUUGUCGGGGAGGUGCUUGUUGAGUUCCUGGAGUUGGACAAGCAUCCGUAUCAUCGGGAGAUGCAGGAUUUGAAGAGGCAGCAGCGCAAAAAGAAGAAGGCAUUGCAGCUGCAAGAGGAACAAAGACAAGCAAGAGAGGCGCCAAGACGAGGGAUGCCCGCACCAUUGUGA